GGGCUGGGAAGCAGUGUAAAGCGCUAUAUAAAUCUAAGUGCUAUUGCUAUAAAUCGAGGACUAUCUGCAUUGAGCCUCUUCCAAGCAGGCAAACCAAGUCAGGAUUUUCCAAACGAUCCAGCCAGAACUUUCAAACAAAAAUGUAGAAAUCGGAGCUACGUUUCUCUUUGCGGGGUAAAAGCUCCACUUAUAGGAAGAAUCCACCUUUCAGCCCCCGCGGGGGAGGCAGCCUCUGCGGCAGCCGCAGACUACAACUUCCCCCCCUCUCGAACGCUCAAAGUGGAACGUUCCUUCCGCCUCGCCUCAUUUGCAUGAAGAAGGCGCCCCCGAAGCGAAAUCCCGCUAGGACGUUCGGGGGCGGAGCCAAUCUUCUCCCUUCUGGCCAAUCGUCACGGGAGGGAAAGGCAGCCCAAGAGCUAAUUGCCGAGGGGCGUGGCUACCGAGGGGAGGCCCGAAGCCCCGCCCCCGCAGCUGCUCUCUUCUUCACUGCUCUUCCCGCUGGUCCCCUGAAUUCUUCCCAGAUCUUAAACGAUCCCUUGAAGAUCCGCGCUGGAUCCCUCGGAGGAGGCUUCUAGGUCCCCGCUUCGGCCAGGUGCAGCCAGGAAAAACCUGCAGUUUUGCUCGCAAAUAGUCUCUGGUUACAAGGAACCGCAAGUGAGCCACUAUGGAAACUAUGCAAGAGCGGAAAUGCGUCAACCGAAGGAAUCAGGAGAGACUCUUUGAAUGCUCCGAGUGUGGGAAAUCCUUUGCUUACCGGUCCCUCCUUUUCAUCCACCAGAAGCUGCACACGGGGAAUGGAUCCCACCUGUGUUUCCUUUGUGGGAAAUCCUUUCCUGGAGUGUGGAGCUUUGCCAAACAUCUCCGCAGCCACCCUGGACUGAAGCCUUACAAAUGCGGAGAGUGCGGGCAGCGUUUUGCUAAAGGCUCGGACCUUGGAGCCCAUCAGCGAAUCCACCAGGGAAAGAGACCCCAGGAAUGCCUGAAGUGGUGGAAAAGAAUGGGCUUUUCUCCGAGGUCAGAGCUGCUUCAACAUCAGCAAAUCCGCACAGGAGAGAAACGUUACAAGUGCGGCCAAUGCGAGAAGGCCUUCGCUCAGAAGCCACAACUUUGGCUCCACGAGGAAGUUCACAAAGAAACCAAGUCUUAUAAUGCGUGCGGGUGGGGAAAUGCCGAGCGAUCAACUCUUCGGAGUCGCAAGAAAAGAAACCGAAGGGAGAAAAAUGAAGAGUGCCCAGAAUGCGGGAAAUGUUUUUCCACCCAGGCCUUCCUGAUACGACAUUGGAGAAUUCACACUGGCAACAGACCCUAUCAAUGCUCCGAUUGUGAGAAACAAUUUAUGUAUUUUUCCUCACUUUGCAGACACCAGAAACGGCACCCAGGAAAGAAACGCCAUAAAUGUGAGGAGUGUGGGGAAAGCUUUUCCUCCAACUCUUAUCUUCGUGCGCACCAGGAUACCCACACAGGGGUGAAACUGUACAAGUGCGCAGAGUGUGGGAAAUCCUUCGUUACAAAGGGAAACCUGUGGCAACACCAGAUGAUUCAUUCCCGGGAAAAGUCCUUUCAGUGCAUCGAGUGUGGAAUGUUCUUUCAUACCAAAGGAGGCCUCAAACGUCACGCGAAAAUUCACAAAGGAGAAAAAGAUUACAAAUGUUUAGACUGUGGGGCAGCCUUUGCUUAUUCGUCGUCCUUAAGAAACCACUGCAACAUCAUGCAUAUCGGAGUCUCCCCCCAUAAGUGCCCCGUCUGCGGCAAAUGCUUUUGUAGAAAAGCAAAUCUUUUGAGGCAUCAGCAAAUUCAUACCGGACAAAAACCUCAUCAGUGUCAGGAAUGUGGGAAAUCUUUUACUCACAAAGAAUAUCUCCGGACCCAUGAGAAAUUUCACACGAGUGAGAAACCUCACAGGUGUGGGGAGUGCGGGAAGUGCUUUACUCGCCGUUCAGACCUUCGGAUACACGAGAAGAUUCACACAGGGAGAGGUUCUUAUCCAUGCCCCGAGUGUGGGAAAAGCUUCAGUUGGCGUAGAUCUCUUCGGAGGCAUAAGAAAGCACAUACGAUUCAGGAAAAGUGCCCAGAGUGUGGGAAAUGUUUCUCCCAGAAAUCACAUCUGUUGCGACAUCAGAAAGUUCACAUUGGAGAUGGUCCCUAUGAAUGCCCAGAAUGCACGAAACGAUUUGUGGAUUCUGCUGAACUUCAGAGACACCAGAAGGGGCACAGAGGAGAAGAGGUCCUAUAAAUUGGGUGGCAUGUGAGGAAAGUUUUUAUCAACGUUCAGAACUUUGGGUACAUCAGAGAUUCCACACAAGGAGGAAGCCUAUACAUGUGGGGAGGUUGAGGAAUGUUUUGCUCAAAAGGCGGAAUUUGGGGACCAUCAGAAAAUUCACUCGGCGGAGAAGCCCUAUCGGUGCAUUGAGUGUGGAACAGUUUUCCGCCGUGAAUCAACCCUUAGAAGUCACAUGAAAAUUCACAUGGCGGAAGUACCGUAUUUUUGGGACUAUAAGACACACUUUUUUGUCUCCCAAAAGGGGGUGAUUGAUGCCCUCUGAAUCGGAAAGAGGCGAGAGAGCCUGGUCACAUGGCAUCAGUUUUGGGACCACAUUGCUGAGUAAUAAAAAUUCCAGUCCCACGUUGUAAUGAAGGAGUACCUAUAUUUGAUAACUCUCCUUCUCUGGAGAGCUGGCUUGUGUUUUGUCAUUUCCUACAACAAUACUGAUAUAUAACACUUUUAAUUAAAUGUGUAUCUUGAAUAAAUAUAACUUUGACUUUCAAAUAAC